AUGAAAGCGUCACUUCGUGGGUCCUUCCCUGCAAACAUCAUACUACCGCAGGUCAUUCCUUUUAUCGACCGUAUCCAAGAUCCGCUGGCUCUGCAAAAAGUGAUGGAUCGAUGCUUCGGUGUCAUCAAUUGGGAUUCUCAACCGAUAAUAUCCUUCGCAAAAUCAGUUUCUCUAUUCUUCAUGUUCAGCUACUACAUAGUGUGCUGCUUCUGCGCCUUAUUUUUUAUUAACCCCGCGGAAGUUACACCAGAUAUAUACCUAAACAUGUGGUUCUACUGCGCAGCCAGUGCAUUCUGUUCACUACAGUGGAUCGUCCUAUUUCCGAGUCGCCAUUAUUUUUCGCAGAUUGUUGAGUAUCUGACCGAUAUACACCGCCAGGAUCCGUUUCAUCCUUUCCGAAUACGUUCUCGAUCGAUGAUUUUCCUCAGCACGGCUUUUCUGUUGACGAUGAACACCUGUAUGGCGAUCUUCUGGAGUUUUCUACUGUACGGAAGCUGUCCCAUAGCCGGUGCAUUUCGAAAUCCUACCGUAAAGCUGCUCUCUUCAAUGAUCUACCCUGUGCAGUCGAUACAUAUGGCAACCAUAUCAAACUGUGCAAUGGUGACCUGUUUCGCGGUACUACUAGUAUUCACAGUUGAGUUCGACAUCGUUGGUGAAGCGUUCCGAGAAGCGUUCAGCAGUUGGAACUCGGCUCAAGUGCGGAACUGCAUCGAGCGUCACCGAAGGUUGCUGCAGAUGGUUAACUUGUUUCGUGACCACUUGAGACUCUACCUUCUGAUUGCCGUGGGAUUGUACAUUCUUCUGGUGACGUUCACCUGUUUUCUCCUGGUGGUCCAACUGCACGCCGGAGAUAUCCAAGCCAUGCGGUAUAACGUGAUCAACGCUGCGUUCUCCAUCAUGACCAUCGUCAUGUACGGAGUAGUUUGCGAUCUGCUGGAAGAUCGGAUUCGGGAGGUUGGCCAGCAGGUGUACAAUGCUGAAUGGCCUUCGAAGUUGAUCUUGAACCACGGUCAUAGAGGUCGAUAUCUUUCUGGCAAGAGCUGUCUGGUGAUGGUCAUCGCUCGGUCUCAGAAGAAGGUUGGGUUCACCUGUGGAAACAUCUACCAAAUGUCAACCGUUACCAGUAUGCAGGUGUUGAAGUUGUGCUACACUGGAUUCACCGUGUUGUGGAAUGCUACCAAUAGAUAGGUAUUGCUUUGUGUAUCCACAGGACUUUCAGUUUUUGUGCAAGCUAAAUUAACAAGGUGUCUCAGUAAUAAUGCUGAUAUGUACAUUUGCACCACUUAUGAUUAUUGUGAAGCCAUUUUGCGAUUUCUUUCAAACCUUAUUGAAGUGCCGACCCCCUUUAAGAAUUUUAAAACCAUCUGGGCCCAAUCACAUUUUUCAGAAAAAAUAUGAAUUAAAUAAACGACACCGAGUUUUUUUUUAAGACACGGACACCGUCUUCAGCCAGACUGAACGAAACUUAACACUAGACAACGGACACGACACACAUUACGAGCAACAGUGGAUACGAGGAAGAAACAUUUCUUGUGAAAAGUUUCAUCACUCGGAGCGGGAAUCGAGCCCUCACUCCAUAGCACGGUACGUUUAUACGCUUGGUGACGCUAACCGCACGGCCACGAGUUAUUUGGGUACAGUGGCGUAGCCAGAAAUAUACUGAGUGAGCGAUUUCCGACGAUCAAUGAUUUUUUUUUACUAGACACUCAUUUUUUAUAAACAAUGAUGCCAUGUGCAUUCAAUUUGAGUCGUAGGCAGUGAAUCAAAAUUCAUCCAUCGCGCAACAAUAAUGACAAUGUCGCAACCUGUAUUUGUUGCGACAAUCCACCAAAUGCGACAUAAGAUUGUCUCAACUUGAAAAUAAUAGGAUAAACAUCGUACACCACGAGUUUAGAGAUUUUUCAGCCUUGCAUAGCGAUUUUCAAACGAUAACUUCGAAGGUAAACACUGCAACUCUGCUGAAGAUCUAUCAUCAAACAGUUUCGACUUUGGUUUUGUAAUAAUUGAUUAUUUACGAGUUGAAAAGUACGCAACAAAUUCAGCUUCCGUUUUGUCUGCAACAAAAAUUUUCGAGAUCAUGUCAUUAUCGGCUACCAGUAGGGAAAAAGAGUAAUCGUCGCGCCUUCUUUGUUGCUUGUUUUGUGCUUCUUUUGUCUGACAACUCUUUUCACUGGUCGUAGGUUUAAAAUAGCGGCCCAGCCAAAACAAUUUUCUUUUGAAAGCGUUUUAUACUGAAAAUUUGUAUCUCGAAUUGUGGCCCAAGAUCGGCGGUUCGAGGUUUGGUAGUGGUAUACCCUAAAAAAUGGAAAGGGGGUAUAACGCCUCGUUAAAUUCCUGUAUUUUCCAAACCACUCAUAGAGAUAAGCAAAAUUCGUAAUUCUCCAGGAAACUUAUUCUGAAAUUUCGACAAUAGAAGUUUGACGAACUACAACAGAACAUUACCAAAAAUGGAGUUUUCUAACCAAUACUGCAAAAGAUAUGUUCUGAAAAAAAUCCGCCUAUGAAUAUAAAAUGACAUUUACUUAUCAAGUCAGAAAAAAAAAACUCUCCUUAAACAGGAAACAUAAGUCUUGAAUAUUCACUAGAAAUACUCUAAAAUCAAUUCGAUUAAAAACUUCUCAAUAGACUUUAAGAUUUCCGAGUUUCAAAGACUUACAAAAAUUGUUUCCAUACAUGUACCAACUUUGAAAUUCUGUAGAUUUCGGAGAUGUUUUGAACAAGCAUAAUUUUUAUCCUGAAAAAGAAACAAAAUCCUAUG